UUUUCAGUACAUAAACUCAUACUGAACACAAUUAGACUUCAUAGUGAACUUAAUACAGUAGUAUUGUUGUAAUGUUUUGAUACAAUCACAGUCUUAUUGUUAAAAAGACUAUGUGUAAAUAACAUGUAUGCAGACUGGAAAUUUUAAUAUUUAAAGGAGUGUGCUGUUUCGAGUUAAAGGGAAGACAGGGGGAGUGUUACUGCUAGUGCAGUCUGUUCUACACCACCACCAGGUGGCCAGUUUUAUAUUCAUGGGAGAUUCUAUGUCAAGACCCUCCACUAUGCCAACUCCACAGGAUGCCCUUCAAGGUCGUGAUGAGGCCAUCAAAGUGUCGAGAAAACAUGCAGUAAAUGGCAACCCAACAAUGCCUCCCUUUCCAGACGAAAUGCAGAUGGCUAUGUUUGGAAUGGGCUGCUUUUGGGGAGCAGAGAGAAAGUUCUGGAAGCUACCUGGGGUCUUCUCAACUCAGGUUGGGUACUCAGCAGGCUACACAAAGAAUCCCACGUACAAGGAGGUCUGUUCAGGCAACACUGGCCAUAAUGAGGUCUUUAGGGUUGUAUUUGAUCCGGCAAACAUCUCAUACGGGGAACUGCUCAAGGUGUUUUGGGAGAGCCAUAACCCAACUCAACUGAAUCGUCAAGGUAACGACUGGGGCACACAGUAUCGUUCAGGAAUCUACUACUACAGUGACGAACAGCGGGACGAGGCCCUGGCAUCCAAAGAUGAAUAUGAAAAACUCCUCAUAGCCAAAGGAUAUGACAAAAUUGCUACAGAAAUCAAACAAGCGUCAGAAUUUUACUACGCCGAGGACUAUCAUCAGCAAUACUUGCAUAAAAACCCUGAUGGUUAUUGCGGACUUGGGGGAACGGGGGUUAGUGGUCCUAUAGGGCUGGGCGUUAGCAAGAAGAAGCAGGGUAAAAGUGAUCUGUGAUAAAGCUAUGUGAUGGUUUUCUCUAUUAUGUUAUACCUCUGAUUGACUGUAUUUAUAAUGGGUUUCAGGUCUAAUAUUCUUUCAUAACUUACUAUAUAACAUUUUUACAUAUUGUUAUUUAUUAUUAAUUUUUAUGAUAAUUUUGAUGUACCAACUACUAUUGUUUUGAAAUUUUUAGUAAACCUAAUUUUGUGUCCGUAUAUUAAAGUGGCACCCUUAUUCAAAAUCAAUACAUACACAUGAAUAACAAACACAAAUUUUGAGUGAAAAACCUUUAACUUCUUCCUAAAUAAUGCAUUUAUGGAAAAAUCAAUUACUGAUAAUAAGAUUGUAACCAUGUUUUUAAUAGCUGAAUACGCAAAAAUAUUAAAUGAUUGGUGAGUGCUAAAAGAUUAACUGCAAUAUCCUAUCGUCUCAUAAGGUAGGAAUACCAUGCCUUCUGCACCUUUAUAAGAACCAUCGUUUUUAACAUUUAUUCAUCCUUUUUGGUAUAUUAAAACAUUUGUAUUAAAUGUGGUCAAUCUUAUUUUGGAGUAAGAGUGCAUCUUUAAUCAUAUUGUUGUUGCUAAUUACCUUGUAAACAUUGUAAAAGUGAGUAGUAUUGUGUAUAAUCCAAAUAUUUUUUGCCAUAUGUGAAACACACAUCAUAUGAACUGAAUUUAAAAAUUAAAACCGAAGUGGAGUAUAUCAGUAUGUCAUAGAAUUGCCAUAUUUAUUAAUUUGUAAUUUUUAAUGGUGAAUUUGAUUGUUAAUCCCUAAUUUUAUAAACUUUCCAGAAAUAAAGAAGUGAAAAUCUG